AUGAGCAACUCUAACUCUACCAGCAUCAAUAUCAAUAUAAGUAACAAUUAGUAAAACAAUAACAGCACUUCAGUCAAUGAUGACAAUAUCAUUAAGAGCAGUCUGAGUAGAAAUAACAAGAACAUUAUGCAAAACUUAUCAGAGAUGAUAGAGGAGCAGAAAGUUUACAAUCAGAUCUAGCAGAACACAAAACGCAUCCAGAAUAACUUUAAAUAGCAGCUUAACUCAAUCUAAAGCCAGCAGGAUAGCAAGAGUGUACACAGUCCCCAAGUAAUGAAUAGGACAGCUAAGUUGUAAGAGAUAACUCUAAUGAAGGAUGAUCGUUACCCAUAGUAUUAGAAAUACAAGGAGCAGCAAUAGAUGAUAGAUAAUAAGUAUAAGGAGUUUUUCUUUGUGAACAAAAGUAGUUAGGACAGAUUCAACCAGAGUCAGAAUUUGCAGAAUCAGUACUCACACAGAAGAAAAGGAUCGAAUGAGAUUUCGAUGAGUUCUCAACUGCUAAGCAAUUAGAACAAUUCUAAUUCAAACUAGAACUCAAUACUCUAGCCCUUGUUUAAUCCCAAUAAAAAUGUAAUUGGAGGGAGAGAUGAAAAUAAAUCGAAGACUGCUAGAAUCAUUUAAACAAGCCAGUAGAAAGGAGGACGGAAGCUUUUAAACAGUCAAUCUUUCAUAGGCAACAGGACUGGAAAAUCUAGUGAAACCAAGGCUGGCAAAUACAAAGCAAGCAUACUAGAAAGAGACGAAUCUACUAAACACAGAAAUAUCAAAUUUUAUGAAAACCUGAUUAGACUCGACAAGCCUUAGUCAAAAAAGCAUGAGAGAAAUAAAUCAUAGGAGUAUUAAACCAAUAAAGACAUUUUAAAUGUAAUUGAAGACUAAGGUGAAUUCUUUUACCUUGGCAAAGAUGUGCAGCAAGUAUUGGAGAAGCAAUUAGUAAGGCUGAAGAAGUUUCAAGUAGAUUUCUCAAUAAGCAAGAACUUGAUUGGCAAGUCAAUUGCCAAAUUUUUCAAGAUUCAAGAUAAGGAUAUCAGUAAAGACUACUUGUCAGAUUCAUCCAAUGACUCUUGGGACUCUGCGACUAAAAAGAAAGCAAAAGUAAAGAUACUAGAGAUCCGCUAACAAAAGUUUGAAAUGCUGAGAAAGCAAGCAGAGGGACUUACUUAUCCCUUGCAAUCGUAUACAAAAGACAUUAUGAGAGGAACUCUAUCUAUGAAGCAAGAGGAGGAACUUAAAAAGAGAACAGGACUUUCAGAGUUCUUGGGUGAGCUAAAUGACUGCCAAAAGAAUCUACUGAGAAUGAUGAGUGACAUAUCACCUAAUAAUUGCAUGGCUAUUUAUGCUCUUGACUAUCUCUGGAAAAUAAUGCUAAUAAGAUUCGAAUACCAUCUAGACGAUGAAGAGCAGAGAAUCUAAAAGAUUUAGAAGUACUAUGAAGGGCAAGCAAAAAGAGAAAUUCAAGAAGUAAAGUAUUCUAUUCAAAGCAAAGAAGAACACUAUAAAGAUGUAAUUGAAAAACUUGAAAUGGUCAAGGAAAUGUAAAACUCUAGAAUUGAGAAACUCAUGCAGGACAAAGGAGAACUACUUGAUGGACUUAGAGAUAAGGAGGAUGAGAUCUAACUACUUAGGAAUCCACAUGGAGUCUCCAAAUUUGUGAAUUUAAACACAGAACUAGAAGCCUACAUAUAGACCAUGAAUGAUUAACGAAAAGAACAGACAGUAGCAUUAAAAGGCCUUAAAGUAGCUAUGGAUACUUUGACAGAUCAACAGCAGAACAAUAACAUGCUGAUGAAUAGUCAGUAUUUGAUGGUGCCCUCAUCACACUAGCUAACUUUUAGUUAGCAGACACAACAGAUGUAGGCCUAGACUUAGGCUUUGAAAUCAAAUAAUCAAUCCUAACUCGUCAGAUAGUAGUCUAUAAAAGCAUAAAACUCCCAGAAGGCGAUUGAAGAAUCUGAAAGUUCAAGUGAGGAAGAGCAAUAGCAAUAGCAUACAAUGAAAAAAGUAACUUUAGAUUUCAAAGAGGACAAGAUUAAAAGAUAAAGAUCAAAUAAAGAUUUGCAGGAUGUGCUAAGCAGAGAAGCUAAAAGUAGAGAAGGUGUUAAGACAAAUAUAAACGGAAGUUUCGACAACUAACAUUCUGUUAAUGAGGAUAACAAUCAAGUCAAAGAUUAAAGCCAUGAAAUGGCUCUAGUAAAACUUAACAAGUCAAAGGCAUUGCCCAGCUAUAGAGCAUUAGAUGAAGGUUACUUAGCUCCAUAGAUUGCCCAAUCUCAAAGUGCAGCUUUCAAAAAUUAAGCCAAGAAAAAUGCUAUACUCUAUCAUCUAAUUAGUCAACAGUAAGUUUAGAGUAUCAAAAGAUCUAAGGACUAGUAAAUAUAAACAGAUUAUGACUAGGAUUUCAUAUGUUCAGACUGUCUAAUUAGAGCCAAUAAAGAAGAAGUUGGAAGAUACUUUGAUCAUGAUAGUGAUAUCUCUAGCUCUGAGCCUGAAGCUAAAAGAAAAGGAAGUGGGGGCAAGAAUACUAAAACUCAGAAGAGCAGAAAUAAUAAAAUCACUAGUUUCAAGUCAUCAAUAAAAAAGGACUCUAUGAGCUUAUCUUAAUAGCAGCAGAAUCAAGAUUCUUCAAUUAGGGCUUUUGAUGAAUCUGAUGGCAAAAAUAAUGAUGAUUCAAGAAAUGAGGGAAACAAAAAGUCCUCCCCUGAUCCAGAAAGAAGAAAAAUAAGACGGUUGAAUACUAAACGAAAAGAGGAACUGAUGAAACUAACUAAAAUUGUAGAACAGUAGCAUCAGAAAUCAAGAGUGAUACAGAUUUAGUAGUCUAAUUCUAUCAAUCGGUCCCAAAUAUUUAAUCCUAAUUCAAGUUUGAAUAGCAGAUACCAAAACAAAAGUCCUUCCUCAAAGCUCACUAUUUCAGAUCAGUUAAACCCUGACUCAAAAGAGAUCAUUAUUAUGCCAGAGCAGACCUUGAUUAAGUAAGUUGAAGAGCUGCUUGAAAAGAAAUUCGAAAAUGAUGAGAAACUGGUGCAAAUGAUCAAGGUUUAACAGCAAUAGUAACAAAACCCCUCUCCUUAUCAAGUUAACUAUGGUCCUAAUGGCUAUAACAAUCAGGCACUUGCUCUUUAUCAAUCUUCAAAUUCUUAAUAAGACAUUCUGUAAUUUGCUUUCACUCAUUUUCUGACUAUGCAAGGACUGAAAUCAUUGGCAAUAAGAUAUUUGAAUUCUUUAUACAGUGGACUGAGGAAAAUUUAUCUGAAGAAUCCACAGGAUAACUAAUAUGCUUAGUUCUUGAUGCAAGUAUUUGGAUUUGAUCCCUAGUAAUUUCCAGCUCUGAGACCUGAUUAGACUAGAGUUGCUUUGAAGAUUAGACAUUUAUUCUAAAUUGUCUAAAGAUAGCAAGGCUAGAGAUCUUUUAAACAAGCACAGACAAGAUUAACAAAUGGAGGUCAAGUGUUGUUCCUAGAAUUCAUUCCCUUCUUUUUCAAAGCAUGCAGAACACUUGCCAAGGGAGUUUUUGCAAACUUCAUCAAUAAAAUGGAGCUAUUAGAUCUUUCCUAUAAAGAUGGCUUGACUUCUCAAUAGAUAUAAAGAUACUUUAUCUAGAUGAAGAUAUUUUUGCUUAUAUCCUAUUCCAAGAUAGACAUGAAUAAUCUGACUUUGAAAACAGAAGCCAGAGAAGUGCAAAUGGAUGUGAUCCUAAUGCAUUUAGAGGAGGCUCUUGAUAUUAAGUUACAGAAGUAGGAGGUCAAUAUCUUCAAGAAAGAAUUUGAUAAUUUUUUCUUGGUACCUAUUAAGCAGUUAGAAUCUAGAAUACAGUCAUUUACCUCUUUGGGAGCUGCGAUCAAUAGUAACAAUCCUGAAUUCUAGAUAUCACUAGUAGUGCUAAUGAAUAGAAUUUUAGAGGAGUGGGAGAUUUAUCAGAGUUCUCAAAGGAAAAAGUUGUUGAAGAAGUUCAUUGACUUUGAUGAGAAUGGAGAUGGAGUGCUCACACUAGAUGAAUUUAAAGAGCUCAUGAAGAGUCUAGAAGGGUCAGCUGUUAGCCAUGAGAGGGUGAUUCUCUUGUUCAGAGAAGCAGUAGAAUUGAGUAAUGAGAUGGAGUAAAUGCGGAUCUAAAAUGAAGAUAUAGAUGAUUUCACUGGGAAUAACGUAAUGUCUCAAGGACUCUCAGACAAAAUAUCUCCAGAAUGUUUUGUAGACACGGUGGUCAAACACAGACUUGGAGGUUAUGGCAAUGAAUUCAUAGAUUUUGAAUAUUUGCAACAGUAACUAUAACAGUAAUACCAGCAAUAGUCCUAGUAACUAGAUCUAAAUCAACAUAGAUAGGCACAAUGA